AUGUCUGAAACCGCUAUCAAGCGAAGGAUGACGGAUCUUCUGGAACCGAUCAAAGCGGAAGAUGCACGAAGAGGACCUCAGCUUUGCCCUGAUGUGUGGAGGAGAUACCACCUUACAACAGAGGACGGUCGUAUCAUACGAGCUCCUUUCAAGACGCGGUCAAUAGAGGAACGCUACUGCUACAACUGCGCAGGCCAAGGCCACCUUGGUCACCAAUGCCACAUGAAGAAGAGGGGCAAUCCAGGUACGGCCUUCUUCAUUUCUUACGACGCCCCUCGCGAGUCUCAACAUCAGAGUAUAACACACCAAAACAACGACGGAAGCUACGACAACAAACCUUCCGUGAGCAACGGCGGAGGCUUGAGAAAGAAGAAAAAGAACAAGAAGUCGCACUGCAGCGGAAAAUCGAUGCGGCUUUCUAACGACGCCUACCGCAUUGAGGAUAUACUUGGCCACAAGCGGAUUCAACGUUUCUACACGUCGACAGCUCCCGUCGACAAGCUGAAACGACUCAACAUAUUUUAUGUUGACAUUGAAUAA